UAGUCUUUCUCUUUUCUCCGUUAUAUAUAGAUUAAGUUUAUUCUUCAUUUGUAUUUCUGAACCACGAUAGAUAGAGCGAUGGCCUCAUCUACAACUCACAGCCUAAACAUAAACACCCCGAGAAAAAACCUUUUUGCCGUCCACUUCCUUCGUUCUCUCUCAAAGCUCAAAAGACAAAAAUCCUUCAUCGGUCCGAAGAAAACAACCGAGCGAGUGAGGAAGAUCAAGACUGCUGCUUACAUCUCCAUGGCCAGAGCCGCCGGAGGGACUAGCCAGACAUGGAGCAGAGCCAUUUUGUGGAGGCUCCAUCGUCGAGCCCAAGCCAGCAAAAUCGGUGGAUACUACACAAAACCAAAGAAGAGAUCAUCAGGUGCUGACGUCACCAGAGGAAGGAUAUGGCGUCGCCGUUCGAGGAGAUACGAGACGACGGAUGCGGAUAGGCUGAGAACAGUCGUACCGGGUGGUGGAGAUAUGGAGACGUUAAAACUGAUGGUGGAGACGGCUCAUUACAUCAAGUGUCUUAGCAUGCAAGUAAACGUCAUGCAAAGCAUCGUUGAUGUCCUAUCCGCAUGAUGAUAUAUAUAAUUAAUUAUUCAUCAUCCUUAAUGAAUCAUGAUAUGCUCAUAGAUUACAUUUGAACAAUUGGAGUGUGGGUACAUAUAUAUAUAGUUGUAUAAGCAAUUGUUGAUCUUUGGGUGAAUUUAUCAUAAUUAAUCUUCUUAACU